AUGAUUAUCGAAUUUGGAGGAGAAUGUAUUCAAAAAGUCCCAAAAACGGAGAGACAUUUAACUGAAGACAGAAUCAAGGCGAUAAACAAAAGGAUUAAUGAAGAAAACAUUCAGCCACCGUUAAUUGGGGAAAUCUUGCAAGGGAAAGAUCGAGAAGACUACAUCAAAAACAAGGAGACUCGAGAAGGUGAUAUCUUGUGGGAUAAAGUAAAAGACGAAACAGUCAAAAAGCUUUUUCUUAACAAGCCAGGAAAAUUGACAGAGAUUGCAAGGACGCUUAAUACUGAGAGAAUUGAUCUGAUAGAAAAAAGGGCCUACCAAUUGGUUGGACAAGUUUCAAAAUCGAAACAUCAUUUUGACUCUUCUGAUUCUUCCGACUCUUCAGACUCUUCAGACUCUUGUGAUGAUUUUGAUUCUUCUCCUUUGGAACUAUCUGAAAAUGAUUUUAUUAUCGAUUCUGAUAGUGAAUCAACAGCUCAAUAUCAACAGAUGUUAUGGGCAUCCAUCGCUAAAAGCACAGAAACAAAUGUUUCCGAUUUAAUUGAUUCACAACAAAGCAUCAAAACUAAGAAGAAAAAAAAGAAAAUUUCCAAGGAUGAAAUGAGCUAUAAUCCAAAAAGGGAGAAAACAAAGAAAAAGAAUGAAGAAAAUAAAAUACCAACAAAAUUAUCUAAUCCGUUUCAUAUAUUUUAUAAUUUCCCUUUCAAAUUAGAGCUUCCAAGUGAGUACGAUUUUCCAGAAUUUUUAAGGAGCAGUGAAAAUUCAAAAAAUCAAAUCGAAGAGGCUGUAACUUCAAGAAUCCAUGAAGCACGUCAAAGAGUACCACGAAAUCCAUAA